UGACUUUCGGCUUCAACUUUUUAGUCAGCUCGGAGGAGGCCAUUGCAGUGGGCAAAGCGGCUGUUUGGGGACUCCGUUAAGCCCCCCUAAAGGAUCGAGGAAUUUAUUGCAAUGCAGUAUUGCGCAUAUUGCAACAGCUGGAGGCAAUGCACCGAUUGCAUCAACUACAAUCUCUGCAUGCCGUGCUGCUGUUGCAGUAGUUGCAAGCAUGGUAGCCAGCAGUGCUUGUAUUAGCCGGGGGCAGUUCAUGCUUUGUAUUAGCUGCAUUCCCAUGUAUUGCACUGCUUCGAAAACUUGCUCGCUUUGCAACCACUAAUUGCAUUUGUCGCAUGCCUCGCACCAGCUGCAUUCAGUGCACCAGUUGCGUGCCGCCCCCCUCCGUUGCAUUAAUCUCUGCAGUUGGUUUAAUUGCACGGGGGCAGCAUGACUGCCAAGCAGCGCAAAGCAGGCAGAGGGCGGACUGAGAACAAUGCUGGGGCUUUCGUUGCUCCGGGCCGGACGGAAGAGAGGGAGGCCGGGGGUCCCAGGCACAGGGAAGCCUGGGCUUGGAAGUGCCGAGCCGCGCUGGGGCUGCUAUUGCUCGGGGUGGCUGCCGCCGGGGUCGCUGUCCUGGGCUGGCUGCUCGUGCACCAGCUGGAGACGCUGGAGCAGCUGGGAAAGACUGUGGAGAAGGUGCGGGGCCGCCUUGAGGAGCUGGAAGUGCUAAAGGAGCAAGUGCAAAGGACGAGAGAGCAGCUGUCUAACACGGCAGAGCUGGAGCGGCGACUCUCUGACCUGGAGCUGGCCCAGAUGCUGUCUAGGCAGAAACUGGAGCGAGCCUCUGUUGCUGCUGAGCGCAUCGUGGCCUCUGACCCUAUCGGCAAGCUUGCCGCCUUCCAGGCGGAAGUGAAGCAGGCCAUCAGCGAGCUGAGAGGAGAGCUCCCCUCCGGGACCGAGCUGGCUGAGCUGCAGAGCCAGCUGGAGCAGCUGAGAACCACUGAGCUGGAGAUGCUGAGGCAAGAGGUGGCCGGGCUCUUGUCGUCGGGUUCCAGGCUGGAGCAGAGCGUGGCCUCGUUGACCGGCUCCCUCACCAGUGCCCAGAGGAGCCUGGAAGAGAGAGCUCAUAGCCUGCAAGCCAUGCAGCAGGAAGCGGAGCACGCUAAGGUGGCUGGUGAGAGAUUGGAGAACAAAAUUGGCUCCCUGUCAGCCCGGACCUUCAUCCUGGAGGGAAGCCUCAACCGCACCACACUGCUGGCACGCGCCCUGCAGCUGCAGCUGGAGCAGAACAGCAAGGCUCUGGCUGGGCUGCAGGAAGUGGCAGCAAAUCAGAGCGGGAGCAACAGCUCUGAACCUCGGCAGCUGGAGAACCUCAGGGUGCAGAUCCAGCAGCUGCACAUGGAGAGAUCGGCCACGCAGGAGCGGGUGAACGAGGCGCUGCACAGCAUUGCUGACCAGAGGAGAGAGCUGCAGGGCAGGAUCUCAGAGCUGGAAACGGCUAUUCAUGCUCUUCAGGGCCAUGUGACUCAGGUGGAGCUGGGCAUGGUCAAUCUGAACACACAGCUCUCUGGUGCCGUGGAGCAGCAGCUGCAGGGUCUAAAGAUUGGGAUGGCCAAUCUGGAGAGCAGCCUGGGCACCAGCCUGCAGCAAUGUCUCUCAGGAGAAGUACAGACCCGCUGUGAGACUGAGGAUGGCUGUGGGUGGCCGCACGUGCACGAGAUCAGCUUCCCGCACCGUGUCCCGACCCAGCCCACGAUUAUGCUGGGGCUGGUGGGGCUGAGCACUCGCGGUUCUGUGGGCAUCUCGGUGAGAGCUGUGGACGUCACGGACUCUGGCUUCAAAAUACACAUCACCAGCAUGGGCAACCAGAGCCUGACCAGUGCCAGGGUCUCUUGGAUGCUGUGUGCCUAGAUGGAAAGCUAUGAUGCGGCCCCUGGGGCAGGGGUUACUGAGCUGGUGGCAUCUGCUUUACUUGGACACAACUGUGGUUUGCUUUGGUUUUCUUUAAAGUAAUUACAGCUUACAAGGAG